AUGGCUGUAUGCAGCAAGAUGUCAGGGAGCCGCACAACGGGUGUGAUGCUGGCCGGGGGAAUGUCUAUGUUCAUGGCCCCAGCGUUCGUUGCCCCCGGAGUGCCCCGCCAGGCUCAGGUCAGCACAGCGGCUCAGACGUUUCAGACUGCUCAGGCCGCUCAGGCCAUGCGAUCCGAGCCAACUCUCGGCUCCGCAGUGGCCGGUGCUGCCGUGGCCGGUGCAGCUAUGGCUGGCGCAGGUGCCAGGGGUGCCCGUCGGGCCAAAGAACGCACGGUUGUAGCUGCGCGGCCUGACAUGGAGCAGUGGCAGGGGCUGAGCAAAUUGACCGCCCUUGCCCAAGAGCUGUUGCAGCGGCCCUCGCCUCAACAGCUGCAGCGCCUGGUGCUUGAGCUGCGCAGCUUCGCCGCCGCCGAGCUGCAGAGGGCGCAGUCGGCCACAGCCCCGGCCGCGCGCGCGAAGGCCUUCGCGGAGGUGGCGCAAGGCGCGGAGCAGGCGCUGCGCAGCGGGGUGGAGGGCCAGCUGCGGUGGGCCGCCAGCGCCGCGGCAGCGAUGCUCCUGAGCAACGUGGUGACCCUGCAGCCAGCACAGGCGGCUGAUGUGGUGAACUAUUCCGACUUCCUGGAGUCAGUGAACAGGGGAGAUGUGGAGAUGGUCCGGGUGCAGCAAGAUAUGGUCUCUGCGCAGUACACCACCAAAGACGGCUCUCGUCGUGAAGUAAACCUCAUUCCCAACGCACAGAUCGAGGAUCAGCUCUUCAAUCAGCUAGCUGACAAGAAGGUUGACGUGGUGGUUGGGACCAACCAGGAGGGCUCCCCCUUGGACUUCCUGCGGAGCUUCGCCGGUCCUUUGGCCUGGCUCAUCGCUGGUCUCCUGCUGCUCUUCGGCGGACCCUUGGGCGGCCCUGCAGGCCCCGGCGGCCCAGGUGGCCCAGGUGGGAACCCCUUUGAGUUGGGCAAAGCCAAGGCGCGUAUUGCCAAGGACGGAGAGACGGGCACCAAGUUUGCGGAUGUCGCCGGUUGCGACGGCGCCAAGCAGGAAUUGGUGGAGGUGGUCGACUUCCUGAAGAAUACCUCCAGAUACUCCGAGCUGGGCGCGAAGAUUCCCAAGGGUGCGCUGCUGGUGGGCCCCCCGGGAACUGGCAAGACACUGCUGGCGAAGGCUGUGGCCGGCGAGGCGGGGGUGCCAUUCUUCAGCAUCGCUGCCUCGGAGUUCGUGGAGGUCUUCGCCGGGGUGGGCGCCAGUCGUGUUCGGGACCUCUUCGAGCAGGCCAAGAAGUCUGCUCCCUGCAUCAUUUUCAUCGAUGAGAUCGAUGCCGUGGGGCGCCAGCGCAGCGCCGGCUUUGGCCAGGGCAACGAUGAGAGGGAGCAGACAGUGAACCAACUGAUGGACGGGUUUGAGGCCAACAAGGGCGUGGUGGUCAUCGCUGCCACCAACCGCGCAGACAUCCUGGACCAGGCGCUGGUGCGACCUGGACGUUUCGACCGCCAGAUCCAAGUGGAUCCCCCAGACGUUCAGGGCCGGACGGAGAUCCUCAAGGUUCAUGCCAAGGGCAAGAACCUGGCACCAGGCGUGGAUCUCACGGCUGUGGCUCGGAUGACCCCCGGCAUGUCCGGCGCAGAUUUGGCGAAUUUGCUGAACGAGGGCGCCAUCGUGGCGGCACGCGAGAACAAGACUGAGAUUGACCAGGACGACAUUGCGAACGCACUGGAGAGGAUCGCCAUCGGUUUGGAGAAAAAGGAUGCCGUGAUGAGUGAGAAGAAGAAGCGGUUGGUGGCCUAUCACGAGGCUGGCCAUGCUAUCUUGGGCGCAUUGAUGAACGACUACGACGUCGUCGCCAAGAUCAGCAUCGUGCCCAGGGGACCUGCGGGUGGUGUGACCAUCUUCACCCCCUCGGAAGAUCGCCUGGAUUCUGGGCUCUACACCAAGGAGUUUCUGGAGAACCGGAUGUGCGUGGCGCUGGGCGGGCGAUUGGCGGAGGAGAUCAUCAACGGCAAGGACAAUGUCACCACAGGGGCCUCCAACGACUUCCAGCAGUGCACGCAGGUGGCCAAGCAGAUGGUGAUGUCGCUGGGCAUGUCUCCAGCGAUCGGCCAGCGGCUGUUGGGCGGCCAACAGGGGGGCGGUCCCUUCAUGGGCCGAGACUUCAUGGGUCAGAGCGCGCCCCCCAUGUCGCAGGCCUUGAAGCAGCAGGUGGAUGAUGAGGUGAAGCGCAUAGUGGAUGAGCAGUACAAGCGUGGGAUGAAGCUUCUCACUGACAACAUGUACCUGCUGGAUGAGCUUGCCAAGACCUUGAUGGAGCAGGAGAAGGUUGGUGGUGAAGAGUUGGUCAGGAUGAUCAACAAGGCUGCGAUUGAAGGCAAGUUGGUCAUGGCGCAGCAGAUGGCCACUGCGGCCUACAUUGGUGAAGCCGCCGAAAACACCGGCACCAGCCGCGCCGCGCUGCCAGCGCAAGUCCACCAGGUCCGGGGCCAAAGGAGACCUGGCUUUUGCGGAAGCCGCGCUUUGCCUAUGCUGCGCAGCCGGGCAGACAGGAGCGCGGUGGCGCGGUACGGCCUUGCCACCGAAGGGGUGGAGGCCGCAAGCGAGUGCACCAGCGAUGAGGUGCUGCGCAAGGUGCAGCAGGUGGCCGACUCGCAGGGUACAGCGCUGCCAGAGCAGGCGAUCCAAGCUGCUGCUGCCUCUUUUCUAGUGGCUUUGGCAUCCACUGCAGCUCCUAUCCCAGCCUCCGCCGAGGUGCCAGCCUCGGCCGAGGCUGCUUUGCCAGACAUAGCCCCAAUCCAGCAGGCGGCCCCAGCACGAGAGAUCGCAGCAUCGCCUGUGGACAGGGUCAGCUACUCGAAUUUGCUGCAGCUGGUGGAUGAGGGUCAGGUGGACCGCGUGGACUUCUACGACAAGGGUCGCACAGGGGUGGUGAGCGUGGCGGGCAGGCAGCAGCAGCUGGUGGCAGAGCUGCCGCCGGGCACCGGACUCAUCAACAAGCUCUUGGCCAAGCAGAUCCAGAUCGAGGUCCACACGCCUGAGAAGCCCAACCCUCUGCUGGGCGCGCUGGGCGAUGCCGCUCUGCCGCUUCUGCUCAUCGGAGGGUUGCUGUAUAUGCGGUCCAGGGGCCCUGGCACCGGCGGCAUCCCGGGCAUGAACCAGAAAGCGCAGAUCAUGAUGACGCCGGAGACCGGUGUAAAGUUCGAGGAUGUGGCAGGCAUCGAGGAGGCCAAGCAGGAGCUGACGGAGAUCGUGGACUUCCUACGGGCGCCCGAGCGCUUCGUGAAGGUGGGCGCCAAGAUCCCUCGAGGCGUCCUGCUGAGUGGCCCUCCGGGCACGGGCAAGACCCUCAUGGCCAAGGCGUUGGCGGGGGAAGCCAAGGUGCCCUUCAUCCAGGCCAGACAGUUUUUGGGCCAACUCUGA